AUGUAUGAAAUUAAAGGUGCAUAUCCUCGUGGGUUCUUCGUUGUAAUGGCCAAACGCGCAAUACAGCAUAGUUUUGUAUUUCAAUACCCCGAUCAUCCAUGGUUUGAUGACCUGUACGGCAUGAGAAAGAGCGCAUACACUGUUGGACGAACCGAAGAUGGCGAAUUAUACGAAAUUCAUCUCAAGCCUUCGCGAGAUAAAAAAUGGUUAUUCGGAUACUUGUGCAAACAUUCAGAAAUGAUUCGUAUCGUUCGAGGCUCCAUGGAAGAAUUAAUAUAUCAAAGGCGGUUGCCGCUCGUGCUGGAUCUGGACGAUACCAUGGUGCGACUAGUAGGCGAUGGUGAUGAACGUUUUGUGCCAGAAAAAGACGUACACAAAUAUGGCAAUCGAGUGGCCAUGUUGGGGGAUGGUAAGCGUGUGGUAUUGACAGAACGAGCACACGACUUUUUAGAAUGGGCACAACAAUAUUUCGAUAUAUCGGUGUGUUCUUUGGGUGAUCAAAGUUAUGUGGAUAACGUCGUAAACGUUUUGGAUCCUCAGCGAACGCGGAUCCGGGGCAUUCUUUAUUCGGCACGAAGUGAACACGAUUACAUCAAACGAUCCCCCUAUCCUGGACGACCUCCCAAAGACUUACUGGCACUGUACUCCUUUUGCGCAUUAAAGAACAAUACCCUCGGAUCGUCCUAUUCUCUGCCGCUGAUACUGGACGACGAAACACGAAUGUGGCCCGGCGAACAGCAUGAUAACAUUAUUGUCGUCAAAGCCCAAUGCAAUACUGACGUUUGGACGGUUCCGUUGUUUCCCGUCGUACGUGAUACACUUGCUCAUGUUCAUCAGGAAUUCUUUCGACAGCUGGAUUCCUGGCAUGCCAAGCAGGCGGAAGCCGAACAGAAUGGCGUACCGUGCACACGCGAACCUCCCAGUGCAAUCACCAUUUACAAGGUGUAUUUAAGGAAUAUCCUUCGUGAUAUGAUUGCUAAAGAUGUAUUACCUUCUUCUAUUUCAUAA